GUUACCUCAGAUUACCUAGUCGGGUAAUGCAUCAUGAAUGACACACUUUACGAAACGUUGUUAUUAUAGUAUUAUAGUGUCAACGUGAUCACCAACGUUUUUAAGUCGUUCAUGAAUACACAUAUUAAUUGAUACACAGAACAAAUCGUAUUAACUUGCGAGGAAUCGAUCUAUUUAAUUUUUUACUGGAUUUAUUUGGACUUAUUUUUUUUAAGAAAGUGUUUAAUAUGAAGUUAAAAAAGUAUGGGUUCAUGUCUUAGCUUAGACCAAGAGGAAUUAAAGGCACGUGCUCGCAGUGAUGAGAUAGAUAGACAGAUACACAAGUGGGCGAGACAAGACGAAAAUGUGGUGAAAAUACUGCUUUUAGGGGCAGCUGAGAGUGGCAAGAGUACACUGGUGAAGCAGAUGAAGAUCAUCCACAAUGAGGGAUUCACCAAUGAGGAGCUUCUCUCAUUCAAGCCUGCAGUGCUGGACAAUCUGGUGAGUUCCAUGAAGUACGUGCUGACGGGGAUGGGACUGCUGCGCAUCAAUCUGGAGAAUCCCAAGAACAGGAUUCAUGCUCAAGUGAUUCUGACAUGUGAGAACAGUUUUGACCACAACAAGAACAUGCUUCCUGACGUUGGUCGGGCCCUAAAGUACCUCUGGCAUGACAAGGGGAUCCGAGCAGCCGUUGCCAGGGGUUACGAAUAUGAGCUCAAUGACUCCGCUAUCUACUAUUUUGAGAACAUGGAUCGUAUCUGUUCAUUGAUGUUCAUUCCCACCCCUCGUGACGUCCUGAGAGCCAGGGUGAGAACUACCAGCGUCAUUGAGACAUGCUUCCAGAUGAAGGGAUGUCUUAUUAGAUUGUUUGACGUUGGAGGUCAGAGAUCAGAGCGGAGGAAGUGGAUCACGUGUUUUGACGACGUAAAGUCCGUGUUGUUUGUAUUGGCGCUAAGUGCCUACGACAUGUGCCUUCUUGAAGAUGCGAAUGUGAACCGUCUGCAAGAAAGCUUGAAACUAUUCCGGGGUAUCUGCAAUAACCGAUUUUUCUAUAAGUCUUCCAUGAUUUUGUUUUUAAACAAACUUGAUCUCUUUCAAGACAAAAUAAGAUUUUCUGGGCGACAUCUUCGAUACUUUUUUCCAGACUAUACAGGUCCAGACAAGGACGUUGACAGUGCGGCACGCUACAUCCAGCAGCUGUUCCAGCAGCAGAACUCACUGCCUGGCAAGGUCAUCUACCCACACUUUACCACGGCAACAGACACAUCCAAUAUCCAGGUCGUCUUUCAGGUUGUCAUGGACACGAUUCUCAGAGAGAACCUGCGCCAGGCCUCUAUAUUGUGAUAGGCCUCCAAAUUAUGACAGGCAUCAGUAUUGUGACAGGACUUCAUAUUGUAAUAGUGGAUAGACGUUCAUCAAUGCUGUUUGGAUCCAUGCAAGUCGCGCUCAGAGAAAACAGAGCUUAAUGCAUGUGUUAGAAGUGUCUUCCCAGAUUAGCCUGCGCAUUCCACACACGCACAUGUGACACUGUGUGGUUAGAUGGGCUGUCAUGCAUUCCACACACGCACAUGUGACACUGUGUGGUUAGAUGGGCUGUCACGCAUUCCACACACGCACAUGUGACACUGUGUGGUUAGAUGGGCUGUCAUUCCACACACGCACAUGUGACACUGUGUGGUUAGAUGGGCUGUCAUGCAUUCCACACACGCACAUGUGACACUGUGUGGUUAGAUGGGCUGUCAUUCCACACACGCACAUGUGACACUGUGUGGUUAGAUGGGCUGUC